AUGUGUUUCGCUUCCGUUUCAAUAACAGAGAAGGAUAGAGAUGCAGCAACGAUACCGCCGGCGUUUCUAUCUCAUGCCAUUACCGGUGAGCCCUUAAUCACCGAAAGAGAAGACACGAUGUACCCUCUUCUUCUCUCUUUUUUCUUCUCGGCUUCAAGCUUCCACCUCCGGCCUGUCACAAACACCACCGCCAGCAAACCUGCCCUGUGCAACGUAGGUGUUGACCUCAUCGCAGCAGCGGGUUCCGAUUUAGGUUCUGACCAUCGACCGGACCGGCUCCCUUUCCCCUUCGAAUCUGACGAAUCAAAGUGGGAAACACAGUCCUUGCUGCCGUUCAAAUUUAUUGAAUGCUUUCAAUGGAUGACAAAAAAGGCCUAUCAGGAUACUACUUCAGAUAUCAAGGUUUACUUUACCAGUGUUUCCAGUAGUUUUGGAACAAGUGUUGAUACAACUCUUGGUUAUAUUCAAUUUCACAUAUUUCCAACCCACAACAGGUUGUGCCAGCUAAUUUGCACCUUUCCCAAAAGGGUGUAUGUUCCAUAG